CAGAGGUUUGCAAGGCUGAGCCCGGGGGAGGAGGGUCGUGCUGCCGGCUGGCAGGCAAGGGAUGCCUGGGGCGGCGUGAUGGACCCGCGACAGGUGAUCUGGCGACAGGGGUGUUCCCUCAAUAGCUGUCUCCCCCCUCCAGCUCAAGGCUAUGAGCACAGCAAGCUCAGACACCAGCAGCCAGGCCCAGGAUCUUAUGCGAAUAGUUUCCAACUCCGGCAAAUAGAGUUUCUCAAGGGACGGCUCCCAGAAGUGCCCCUGACUGGAAAGCAGAUACCACCACCACUACUGUUCUUCCCUGGAUUCCACCCAAGGCUUCCAGGACCACCUGCCAGAGACAAGCAACUGGAAAUCUGGGAUAUCCCCAGGGCUGUGUCUCUUGGAAGUCAGGGGCACCAGAGAGGGUUCCCGCAUCCUUUGCCAUGGAGAGGUGUUGAUAGGCUUGCCUCAAAUUUCCAGGAACUGAAUAUCAGCCAGAAUCAGGAAGAAAGGAUCUUAAAGCUCUUGGAGGAGCUUGGGGAAGGGCAGACCACCACAGCAUAUGAUUUGGCUAGAAAACUUGGGGUCCCGAAGAAGGAAAUCAAUCGAGUUUUAUACUCUCUGGCGAAGGAGGGUAAGCUCCAUCAAGAGGCAGGAAAACCCCCUUUGUGGAGGAUUGCUGUCUCGGUUCAGGCUAGGAAGCAGCACGACCAAGUCGUGAGACCAGACAGCCAUAGCCAGGCAGCUCCAAAGUCAGACCCCAGUUUGGAGAUUGAAGACAGAAGCCUCACAUCUGGCUUGGAAACUGAAGAUAGAAACCCCACAUCCAGCUUGGAAGAUUUUCCGGAUCCUUUUGACAUGGCUGAGAUCAAAGAGAAAAUCUGCGACCACCUGUUUAACGUGUCCAACUCUUCUGCCCUGAAUUUGGCUAAAAAUAUCGGCCUGACCAAGGCCCGAGAUGUAAAUGCCAUGCUGAUUGACUUGGAAAGACAGGGGGAUGUCUAUAGGCAGGGGGCAACCCCUCCCAUAUGGUAUUUGACUGACAAGAAGCGGGAAAGGAUGCAAAUCAAGAGAAAUGCAAACAGUGUUCCUGAAACCAUGCCAGCUGCUACCCCUGAGAUCAAAAGAAAUGUAGAGCUCCCUACCUGUAACUUACCUGUUUCAGGUGCCUCAGACAACAUCACCCCAGGAAAAGUGACGAAUGGGCAGGAACCUGUGGUAAAGUUAGAAAAUAGGCAAGAGGCCACACCAGAACCAAUCAGACUGAAACCACCUGUUCAUGACAAUGGCCCAUCAAGAACAGGGUAUGUUGACUUUGAAAAUGGCCAGUGGGCCACUGAUGAUAUCCCAGAUGACUUGAAUAGUAUCCACUCAGCACCAGGUGAGUUCCGAGCCAUCAUGGAGAUGCCCUCCUUCUACAGUCACGGCUUGCCACGGUGUUCACCCUACAAGAAACUGACUGAGUGCCAGCUGAAGAACCCCAUCAGUGGGCUCUUAGAGUAUGCUCAGUUCGCUAGUCAGACCUGUGAGUUCAACCUGAUAGAGCAGAGUGGACCACCCCAUGAACCUCGAUUUAAAUUCCAAGUUGUCAUCAGUGGCCGAGAGUUUCCCCCUGCUGAAGCGGGCAGCAAGAAAGUAGCCAAACAGGAUGCAGCUACAAAGGCCAUGUCCAUUCUGCUUGAGGAAGCUAAAGCCAAGGACUGUGGGAGAUCAGAGGAAUCUUACUACUAUUCCCCAGAGAAAGAAUCCGAGAAGACUGCUGAGUCCCAGCCCACCAUCCCUUCAGCGACAUCCUUUUUUUCCGGGAAGAACCCCGUCACUACAUUGCUUGAGUGUGUGCACAAACUGGGGAGCUCCUGUGAAUUCCGCCUCCUGUCCAGGGAAGGCCCUGCACAUGACCCCAAGUUCCAAUACUGUGUUGCAAUGGGACCCCAUACUUUCCCCACUGCUAGUGCCCCUAGCAAGAAAGUGGCAAAGCAGAUGGCCGCAGAGGAAGCCAUGAAGGCCCUCCAUGGGGAGGCAACCAACUCGACACCUUCUGAUGACCAGCCCGGAGGUACGAACACAGAAUCAUUUGAUAACUUGGAAUCUAUAAUGCCCAACAAGGUCAGGAGGAUUGGCGAGCUCGUCAGAUACCUGAACACCAACCCUGUGGGUGGCCUGUUAGAGUACGCCCGCUCCCAUGGCUUUGCUGCUGAGUUCAAGUUGGUCGAUCAGUCUGGACCGCCUCAUGAGCCCAAGUUCGUUUACCAAGCCAAAGUUGGGGGUCGCUGGUUCCCGGCCGUCUGCGCCCACAGCAAGAAGCAAGGCAAGCAGGAAGCAGCAGAUGCGGCUCUCCGCGUCUUGAUUGGGGAGAACGAGAAGGCAGAACGCAUGGGUUUCACAGAGGUAACCCCAGUGACAGGGGCCAGUCUCAGAAGAACUAUGCUUCUCCUCUCAAGGUCCCCAGAAGCACAGCCAAAGACACUUCCUCUCACUGGCAGCACCUUCCAUGACCAGAUAGCUAUGCUGAGCCAUCGGUGCUUCAAUGCUCUCACUAACAGUUUCCAGCCCUCCUUGCUCGGCCGCAAGAUCCUAGCUGCCAUCAUCAUGAAGAAAGACCCAGAAGACCUGGGUGUCGUGGUCAGCUUGGGCACAGGUAAUCGCUGUGUGAAGGGAGAUUCUCUAAGCCUAAAGGGAGAAACCGUCAACGACUGCCAUGCGGAAAUCAUCUCCCGGAGAGGCUUCAUCAGGUUUCUCUACAGCGAGUUAAUGAAAUACAACCCCCAGACUGCGAAGGAUAGUAUAUUCGAGCUUGCUAAGGGAGGAGAAAAGUUCCAAAUAAAAAAGACAGUGUCUUUCCAUCUCUAUAUCAGCACGGCCCCGUGUGGAGAUGGUGCCCUCUUUGACAAGUCCUGCAGCGACCGUGCUGUGGAGAGCACUGAUUCCCGCCACUACCCUGUCUUUGAGAAUCCCAAACAAGGCAAGCUCCGCACAAAGGUGGAGAAUGGGGAAGGUACCAUCCCAGUGGAGUCCAGUGACAUCGUGCCUACAUGGGACGGCAUUCGCCUCGGGGAGAGACUCCGUACCAUGUCCUGUAGCGACAAAAUUCUCCGCUGGAAUGUGCUCGGCCUGCAAGGGGCACUGUUGACCCACUUCCUGCAGCCUGUGUAUCUCAAAUCUGUCACACUGGGUUACCUUUUCAGCCAAGGGCAUCUGACCCGUGCUAUUUGCUGUCGUGUGACAAGAGACGGGAAGGCAUUUGAGGAUGGGCUACGACAUCCCUUUAUUGUCAACCACCCCAAGGUUGGCCGAGUCAGUGUAUAUGAUUCCAAAAGGCAAUCUGGGAAGACUAAGGAGACAAGUGUCAACUGGUGUUUGGCUGACGGCUAUGACCUGGAGAUCCUGGAUGGAACCAGAGGCACCGUGGAUGGGCCACGGAAUGAAUUAUCACGGGUCUCCAAAAAGAACAUUUUUCUUCUAUUUAAGAGGCUCUGCUCCUUCCGUUACCGCAGGGACCUACUUAGACUUUCCUAUGGUGAGGCCAAGAAAGCUGCCCGUGACUACGAGACGGCCAAGAACUACUUCAAAAAAAGCCUGAAGGACAUGGGCUAUGGGAAUUGGAUAAGCAAACCCCAGGAAGAAAAGAACUUUUAUCUCUGCCCAGUAUAGUAUGAUACGGGACUGACUGGUUGGGGGCGUUUACACUGGGAUGAGAGAGGCAGGUUGUAGCAUUCCUCCACAUUGGUCAAGGUUUUUUGCUCCACCACCGCCCCCCGCCCUUUUUUAAUGGAACCAAGAGUGCUAAUACUGAGAACUUUAGGUUCCUGUUUAUCCCGCUUUCUUUGGGAUUGCUGGCUGAGUCUGGCCAGGCCCCCUUCUGUUCUCCCAAGCACAGGGACAAAGACCUAAGGGGAGAGAAAAGGGGUUAUCUUUUCACCCAAACCAUAAGCAGUCACUGGACAUCUGUAGCCCUUUCCUGUUAUGGUUCCCUCCCCGCGCCCCCACCCCCCCGCCCGCCCAUUUCCUCUAAGCUUGUGUUUGCUACACUGACCUCUUGUGGUCUUGAUUAGGUUCCAGUCAUGUCUAUGCGAAUCAUGUCAGGACCGAUGGUUUCAUUGGCGGACUGUGUAGCCCCCUCUCCAUCCCUCCUCCCCUUCAGAGAUUCCUUCCUUGUGACCAUUAAGUUUCUUUUUUUCUACCUGAGAGGGUAAAGAAGUGAACUUAAAGUCUUUGGUGAAACGUUCACAAGGGCAGGAGUUGAAAACUACAGCCAGUUGAUUCCUGGCCAGUGGAGGUGUGUGAUGGGAAUCGGCAGAUGACUGCUCCAUGGUCUUUGGAUCUUGCACUUUAGCCAGCUGGGAGGGGCCGAGAGGCAGGGAAACCUGCUGCUCAGGAAAUGUACCCCUUCCCCAGGCAACAAGCAUGCCCAGAACCAGCCAGACUGGGCCACAGGAACUGCCUGAGCAGCAGCUGAGGUUCCCCUGCAGGGAUGGCACACCCCACUUCCCAGGGAGCACAGAUUUUGCUUGGACUAUUGCCAAGUUCCCAGCUGCUCCCCUGCCUAAAUCAUUCCUUGGAAUUGGCCUGGCCAGUGAGGGGAGUAGGGCCACAGACCCACCAACUGGCAGAAAAAACCCAGGACAGAACUAGAGGGCAAAUCACCUCCACUCAGAUAAUCAGGACUUGGCAAGAAAAGAGGGGAGAAAAUCACGUCCGGUCAGAUCACUGUUCCACCUGUCAUGUUUGUCCUGAGUGACCCAAGGGAAGUCGACUGCUAAGUCAUGCAUAAAUUAGGAGUGUUUGAAAGAACGCGGUAGAUGUUGAUUCUUGCCCGCUAUAUAGAUAACUGUAAUUGCACAGAUUGAAAAUUUACAUGUUUCCAUUUAUCCAAGUGCUUUCAUUUUGCCACAUUCUGAAGUUGGUACAUGGGCAGGGCACAGACUGAGGGUCUUCUGCCCUGCCUGUUAGGGAAUCUUUCUAGGCUUGGCAUAUGACAAAGCAGUAGUUGUAGGUAAAAGGGCAGGUAGGUUGUCCUCAAACUCUGUAAGGUGAAGCCCUUUGUCCACACCUCAACCUGAUGUUGACUCAUGGUCAGAGCCUUCGGCCUCUCUGUGGAGUCUGGCUCUGGGCCCAAGUCAGCCAGACACAUUCAAGAGAACUUCAGAGGCUCUGCUACCUCCAGGACCUGACUUGCCUCUCUCCUCUAGAUGGCGUAUCUUCACCUGUGAACAUGCUGAGCCAUGCACCCGCCCUCAGAUGGUUUUCCAGCCCUCCCCAUCCCACUGACCCUCUGCAAACUACUGACUAGUCUGCUAGACUGUCUGUCCCACCUCCUCAACAGUAGAUACGUCCACAUGUGCGCUUUUAUUCUUCGUGGCUAUACACUCUGUUCCUUUGGCCAAAAAUUGACCAAUAUAAGAAGACCCAAGUUUUUAGAACACACUAGGGAUGUCCUUGCAGAACACCAAAGUGUCCCAAGGACCCAGUAGGGAAACAGUGUCUGUCUUCUGGACGGAAGGGGCCUGCUCCCUGGUCGUGUGCUCUGCUGAAGGCACAUCAGUCCUGACCCCCACAUCUGGGGCACAGAGGUCUUGUGGUUCCCACCCACUCCAAGAAAGCUCGUCCCCUCAGUCUGCAGACUGGAGGGCUCUCACCUACUGGGUCCUCGGAAUGGUUGAUCCCUCCAGUUGUCUUGGGCACCAGCAUCACCUGCAGACCUCUGACCAGCUACCGUCUCUUUAACUGGGAGCACAGGAGCUCUCAAAAGAUCAGAGCCCCACUUGCCCCCAAGAUCUUACCUAGCAAACGUCCAGUAUUCUGUGUCUGCUGUAGGAAGAGAACAAGGCACCCCUGAACCCUACGUGUCCACUGGAAGUGUGCCUGUGCCAGGCCCUGCACCCCCACGUUCCCCCCCACCCCCUGCACCCAAGUCACACCGAGGAGGCAGAGAUCCACCCAAAGGGCUCUGCUCACUCUUCUGUCAAAUCUUUGUUUUUAAAAAGCAGGCCCUCCCCCCCCCCUUUUUUUUAAUGAUCUUUGUAGUUGAUUGGUCUGAACUGUGGCUCUUGUGCAUUCUUUGAAUAAUCACUUGUAAGAAUUGUCGCUGCUUGAAGCUAUUUCCUUUAUUCACGUUGAAGGGUCUUUGUUGGUUUUUGGGGUCUUGGUAGUGACUCCAAGAGCAGCAUAGGGAAGAGCCCAAGUGUAGACUUGGGUGCCAUGAUGGCUGCGGUCCAGUUUUAUAAUUCUGCUUUAUGUGUCUCUUGAUAUCAGUGACUAACAAUAUACAUUCCUCUCAUGAAUAAAAAAAGAAGACAA